CACUGGAGCGCCCUCCUCCCUCUCUUCUAUUCUCCCUCUACUCUUAUCCUUCUCUCUCCUUGUUCAUCAGGAAGUAGUUGCAGACACAGCUGCCGUCACGUCUUCUUCUGGAUCUCUUCUUCUUAUUUUCUUCCAUAUCCUUCUAAACUCUUUUUUGAAAUUCAUUGGAUUCUUAUGGAGCAGCAUAUGGAUUUAAAGGGGAUCAUAUUAUCCAAGUAAAAAACGACCUCGUUACUGUGCCCUAUACCUGGCUUACUGUACCUCUGGCCUUUUCAUGCUUGGUCUGCAGCUGCAGCCUGGCAUAGCUCUUACAAAAGGUCCCUUACAAUCUGUGCCUGCUAAUUCCAGAGGUGCCCUCCUGCUGUGGAUGAUCAGAUCACCACUACAACCCCCAGCAAGUCCUAACUGGGGUGAGAUCAUGCCUUGCUGCCAGUAGCCAGCCUGUGGUGGCUGCAGAUGUGGGCACCACCAGAUGCCAAGACCCCUCCUUCCAACCUAAGAUUGCACAGAUAAAGAAGAGUGUCCUGUUCUUCCAGGAACCCUGAUCUUCUUCACAGAGGGGGGGUUGGCUGCCCACCUCUGGCUUGUCAGAUCAUUCCCAACACUGGAUCCUUCUCCUAGACCUUCAAGCCAUUUGGAUUACAAAGUAUUUUAUUCAGAAUUGUCUUCUUCAUAUCAACUUGGCACACUGCCCCAUGUAUCUUCAUCCUUGACUGCUGGGGCUGCUCUUUACACGGGGGUCUCUACGUCUCCCUUUUAUAUAGCAGAUCUGAACAUUGUCUGUGACUGCCCAGAAAACUGCUCCAGUUUUUAUUCUCGGUUGGGGGUUGAAGCUUGUCAGAUGUGAACCACCUAAGCCAAAGCAAAGGGUGGGGGGAGAGAGAGAGGUGGUGGGGACCCUUCUGAAUGCCUUUACAAGGUUUCUGGUGGUGGGUCUGCUGCAGGCAUGGGUUCACCCUGCUGGGCAGGGAAUAUGGUGAGAAAGAGGAAGAGGAGGAAUCAUUUGAGAUGAGCAGUCCUGGUGUCCAGAUGACCAACAGAAAUGGGUCCACAGAUGUCGGCGUUACCCAGCCUGUCCGUGCAUCCAAUGGCUUGGAAAGGCCGUUACAUGUCUCUGAGGAAAAAUCCAGCCUGAUAACACCCAGCAGCAAGGUUAUAUGCAAGGACGACCAAGAUGUCAUUGUGAAAGGGUGGUUGCAGCGCGAGGUGUGUGGUGAAGCCAGACGGCCCUGGUCCAGGCUGAAGAAAUACUGGUUUGUCCUGACUCCGGAUUCCCUGGAUUGCUACAAUAGCAAUGAGAAGCCUAACAAACGCUUGGGGAGCUUGGUGCUUACCAGCUUGUGUUCUGUCAUGUGGCCAUCUAAACAAACAUACAAGGAGACAGGGUUCUGGAACGUAACUGUGUAUGGCAGGAAGCACUGCUACCGCUUGUACACCGAACAUCUCAAUGAGGCCGUGCAUUGGGUGUGCGCCAUCCAGAAAGUGAUAGACAGCAAAGACCCAAUGGAGACUCCCACACAGCUGCUCAUUAAAGACAUUGAAGAGAAUAAUUGUAAUCAAGAAACUGUGGAAGAAAUCUACAGAUUGAACCCCAUUUUACGGCAUACAAAGAACCCCGUCUAUGCUCCACUUUUACCCUUUCCGUAUGGAUCUGACGAUCAUUCCCCCCAUAAUGUCAAGGGUUACACAGCUCUACGAGAUGAAGCAGUGAAAAUAUUUAACUCCCUGCAGCAACUGGAGAGCGAACGAGACCCCGUGCCGCUGAUGCAGGGCGUCCUUCAGACAUGCCUAGACCUACGGCCUCUUCGAGAUGAGGUGUACUGCCAAGUUAUGAAGCAAACCACAGAUCCACCAGAUCCAGGGAGUGUUUCUGACCUCAGAUACUGGCAGCUGCUUACUUGCAUGAGUUGCACUUACCUGCCCAGUCCUGCUGUCCUGCGCUUUCUACUGUUUCACUUGCACAGAAUGAAAAGCCAAUACCCCAACGCAGAAAUGGAGAAGUACGCCGAUUUCAUCCUGUCUGCUCUGGAUAAGACAAAGCAGCGCGAGUACGUACCAUCCUAUGAGGAGAUCUCUGUGCUGAUUCAGAGGCAAGAGUUAAUAUGCACUGUAUACUACCCAGGAUCCGGCGUCUGCAAAGUACCAAUUACAUCUCAUACUACAGCUGGAGAGUUGGUGGAAGAGCUGAUCAAACAGCUGAAUCUGACUCACAGUCGAAACAUAUUUGCCCUCUUUGAGCAGAACAACCAUUACGAGCAAGCUUUGGCCAAAGCCACUAUAGUUGCCGAUACCCUCACCAGGUUUGAAAACUUCACGUGUAAAGAGAAGGGGUUUGAAACACGAUGGAAGUUAUACUUCAAGCUUUACUGUUUCCUUGACACAGAAGAUGUCCUGAAGGACAGCUUAGAAUAUUCCUUCAUUUUUGAGCAGGCCCAUGAAGCAGUAACCCAAGGCUAUCUUCCCACAAAUGAGGAAACGUUGCAGUCAUUGGCAGCCCUUCGUCUUCAGUUUCUUAAUGGUGACUUUUCUCCAAAUGCACCUUUCCCUCGGUUAGAGGAGCUGUUCCCCAUCUACAUUCUUCACUCUCGGAUUUUGGCGUCUAAUAAACCUCACAUUACAUCGAAGCCUUCCUGUCCCAGCCUUCACAAAGGUCUUUUCUCAGGAGCUCUUCCGAAUGGACUGUGGAACAACUCUUUAGUUAAACAGAAAGCUGAGGAAAGUCAGAAGUUUAAGGGCCGCGUGAAAGAAGAAGGAGCCAGUAUGAUGUCUGCUAUUGUAGACAAAUGGAAGGCUCUACAGAGCAUGGAAAGAACUGAAGUCAUGGCUGCAUAUCUGUCCAUAGUUAAGCAGUGGUCGGGCUAUGGAUCCACGUUAUUUGAUAUUGACUUUUAUAUGAGUUCUGUUGGGAGUGUCUCACAGCGGCUAUGGUUGGGUGUCAGCGCCUCCUCUCUCAGUCUCUACAAGCAGGGAGAAGUGGACGCCUUUGACAAUGUUCAGUACAGUCAGAUAACAUCCUUUGGCGUUUCGGACAAUUCCACAUUUAAAGUGUCUGUGGGGGAAAAAGAAAUGAUCUUCGAAACUUCCAAGGUUGACGAGAUCACGCAGCUUAUUAACACUUACCUCACCUGCAUCAGCAGUGCACCUCCCCAUCCUGGUGAAAGCAGCAGUUCUUCUGAAGACCCGAGCCAGCUGGUCUGACCUGUGCCAUCUCUCACUACUACUACUGCUCACACAAGUUCAGUCGGGAGCAGUUGGUAGACAUUUUGCUAUUACCCCAGGCUGAAUAGCCAGCCAUGAGGAAUUCACAGCUUUAUAACCUGUACACAAAACGAUCAACGUGUUUAUGGACUCCCAGGCCCUUUUUCUUUUUGUUUAACCAAAAACUCUAUUCCACAUUCAGCUUCCCUCACAUGUCCUCUUUAUAUGUUGAUAAUCCACCCGUUCGCAUGUUCAUAGACCACACUGCGUAUGCCAUUAUUCCCAACCAGGAUAUAAUCACCUUCAUAUUUAUUGGCCAAAAAAAAAAAAAUUAUAGGAAUAAUAAUUGUUUCAAGGGAGGUAAAUUCAUGUUUUUAGUUAUUUUAUACAUGUUGCUUUGUCUGAAAGAACUCAUUUUUUUAUUGUAAAAAUUGUUCUUUAUAUUAGGGAAAAAGGAAGUUUAUGUUUCAAAAGCACUUUAGUCAUCAAUGUUAUUUCUACAUUAAGUGUAUAUGGCCCUUGGUCAAGAAUUCUUUGCAAUAGCAAAAAUCAUACCAGACAGGACGUGCCAUAAAUACCGGACAGUUGUCGGCCCUUAUCUGUCAGAAUAAAAGUGUUCAGAGGUUCUGACCCAC